GCCGUUGCCCGCGCCUCACACCGGAGAAUACCCUUCUCCGACGCCGUUUUACCACCGACCACCGACCGCCGACUUCUUUCUCCGUCUACCUCCACCGGAAUUUAUUCCACAACCCUCGUAUUAUAAACAACAAAAAGUCUAAAGAAAAAGCCCUAAUAUACUGUAAAUGGACUUCCGAUACGCGAGGCCACCGCCACCGCCACCUCCUUCUUCGGAUCUCCACCAACCACCACCACAGCAACCAGUUCCUCCACCUCCAGGACCUUGGUAUUCCGGUCAGUUCCAGUACCACUCGCCGUCGCCGCCUCCGCCACACUGGGCUCCACAAUCACAGCACUCCGAUCACCACCUUCCUCCUCCUCCUCCUUAUGCUGCCGCUCCCCCUCCCCCUCCCCCGAUGCAAUAUUCUUCAAACCCUUACCCUCUUCCUCCUAGACCUCAUAUGCCGCCACCGCCACUGCAACCUCAUUAUCCUCCUGUCAAUCAGGAGUGGAGUAAUGCAAACUGGGGUCAUCAAGGUUGGGAAUAUUCAGCGCCUAACCAAAAUGAAGAUGAUUGGGCUGCCAGGGCUAGAGCUUGGGCAGCUUCAAAAGUUGUAACUGAUGAUCAGCAUCAGCAUUCACAGUUAGUGCCCGCCAGUCGAUCAGAAGAAAUAAACUAUCAGGAUCAGUAUUCACAGAAUUUGGAGACUCCUUACACGGAGUUUCAGCAACAUUCGCUUCCUCCAUCAAGCUAUCAUCAGUAUCCAUCUUCAUUUGCACCCCCACCUAGGACGCCUGCAAACCCUUUGCCGGAGCCAUCAUCAUUUGGCUCUGGAUAUGCCCCAGAUGGACACUUUUCAUAUACUGCCAGGGAUGGAAAUUUGCGUGACUCAACUGCUGCAUACCCUCAUCAAGAACCUGCACCUACAAGUUUAUUAGUUCACCAGCAGGAGGUACCUUCUAGUUAUUCUUCUGUUGCAGGAAAAGAGGAGGUGAGAGAUAUGAACGGGAAAUUUUAUCAACCAUCACAUAUGCCUUUUGCUUCCGCUCCACAGUACCAAGUUCAGCAGUCAUUAUCUCCUAGUGAUAGAUCAAUUUCCGUUGAACAGCCUCAUUAUGCAUUUAGCAACCCAUCUGCUGAGCCAACAACUGAUCUUAGCAAUCAGCCUUUAGAUUUUGGGCCAAGGUUCGGUCAUGAACAUGACCCAUUUGGACAAUCCAAAUACGGUAACGAGUCUGGUGGUUCAAUAGGGGCAAUAUCCACUGGUACGGCUAUGCCUUCAAUUAAUGCAUGGACUUCGUCUGCUGCACCUGGAAUGCCUUAUCCUUCUAUGCCUCCAGUUCAUCCAACAGGGCAACAGGUUGAUCCUUCAGUAGGUGUUCCUUCUCCAGUUUCCAUGCACUCGGCACCUUUAUUUGGGAGGAUUACUGGUUCAAGUUUCCAACCAACUAUGCCAUCUGCAAGCUCAACCUUUCCCAUUGGGACAUCAAAUGCAUUUCAUGCAACAAAUGCUUUCCCUGGUGAUACAUAUGGAACCCCUGCGUUUCCUGAGCGCCCUAAAAAGGCUUCAGUGCCAAACUGGCUCAGAGAGGAAAUAAUUAAGAAGAAAGCAGUCAUCGGAAGUGCUGCCCCCGAGCUUUCCAGGCAGGACCCUGAAUCUAAUGAAGACGAAGUUAUGGACCGCCCUCUUGGGAAAGGAGAUCAGGCAGAUGGAAAAAGCGUCGAGUCAUCAAGGUUAACAGAAGAAGAGGAUGAUGACAAGGAUUAUGUCGAAGCAGCUAGAACUGCUGCAAUAAACCAGGAAAUAAAGCGCAUCUUAACAGAAGUUCUUUUGAAGGUCACAGAUGAACUUUUUGAUGAAAUUGCAACAGAAGUUCUAGAUGAAGAUGAUCUUAAUGCAGAAGUUGAGCGUAAGGCUAUUGCUUCAAGUGAUAUAAUAUCUCAAUCUUCAGCAGCAGUUCCAACUCCCAAGUCUUCCGCAAAGGUUCUAAUUCCAGGCAAAACCAAAGGAACUGAUUUGGAUGAUGUUAGUGGGAAGUCUAGUUCCAGCUCACCUGGAGAUGUUCUAGGACUUGGUAGUUACGCUUCCGAUGAUGACGAAGACAAGGAAGUUCAGAACUUACCUAUUCCAUCUUCCAAAAGUAGUAAGCCACUGGUGCACCUGGCUGAGAAUGGCAGUUCACAAGUAGAUGGCAAUGUGCGUGGUAAGAAGUUUCUAGAUGAAGAAAGUGAUUCGCAUGGAAUGAGCCCAAAUGGGGAUGUAGUUAAUCAUGGUUCUGUAGGUAGCGAACUUACUCGUAAUAGGGUUGGUGCUGAACCUUCUCAGACAGACUCUCUGACUGAAGAAUAUCAUAAUGAUAAUUCCAGUGGUGAUAAAGUACCAGAUAGGUCCAGUAUUUCGAAGUCAAAGCAGAGUGUAGGAGACAAGGGUGUCGGUAAACAUGAACUUUUAAUUGAGGGUCUUGCUGCCAAGAAUCCAUUACCUGAUGAUUCACAAGGUAGGAGCCCAAGAAAUGGAUCAGAGAAGAGUGGUAGUAAAAGAAAGUCUGCUAGUAAAGACUACAACGAGGAGGUGGAGAGCGGCAAGGACAAGAUACAUACGAAGGUAGAUGAUGAUAGUAGGAUUCAGGAUGAGAGACACGUAAAGAGGGUGAAAAAGGAUGAUCAAAAUGGCUCUAAACAGAAAAUAAAGGAGCGAGAUUCAGGGAAAAGGGUCAACAAGGCUGAGAGUAAGGAUGAUAAAAAAGAGAUAGACAGGGACAGAAGAUCCCAAGCCAAAGAAGAUGGCCGGAAGCAAGAAAGAUCAAAGGAUGAGAAGAAUGAACGAUCAAAGCAUAAAUCUGUAGGUGACUCAAGCAGGCACAAACGGCAUCAUUCUCCGUCACCUGGUGGUAAGGCGAGGAGCAGCAAGGACAACUCAUCUCUUAGCCAUGCUCAUGCUUCAAGUGAUAGUUCUUCCGAUGACUCAAGAAGGAAGGUGUAUUCUAAAAGACGCGAUUUAUCACCGUCGCCUGUCAGGUCAAGAAGCAUGGGAUGUUUGAUUUCUAGACAAGUGUCAAGGUCUCCACCUAGCAAGCGUUCUCAGCACAGGCAUUCUCUCUAUUCUUCUCUUGAAACUACCAGGGAAAGACGGAGAUCAAGAUCCAGGUCUCGAAGAGGAUAGUGCUGAGGUUGAGGUCAUUCUACACAUUUCUGUCUUUGCCUAUUUUCCGACAUCCUCCAAGGGUUGAGCAUUUUCCGACUAAUCCUAGAUUCUGGUGCCUGCGAUGCCGCCGCCGGCCAUCGUUGCAGAUUAGAGACCCGCCGAGUGUAAAAAGGAGACAAUGAACAGGUGUUGUAAUAUGCAAGUUUUUUCUUUGAACUAUGGUGAGGCUAGUUUUAUACCAUCUUCAUUUUGGAACAAGUUUUUAUGAAUUGUGUUUUUCAAACUGGGUACUCAUUUUAUCAUCCAAUGAUGUAUGUCUUUUACAUGUUUUGUAUGUGAAAAUGUGUUUCUUAUUUUUAGAGU